AUGCCAGGCCAGGUAGACGAGGGUGAUGAUCACGGUGCUUCGGGGCGGCUGGAUUCUGAGAUUACAGGGCUGGGGCUCGAUGUCCUGGAUUCCCGGCCACGGAGCCGCUCUGUAUCGCUUCCUGCGACUGAGAGAGCCGUCGAUCCGGCCCCCACGUCUCAAAGUAGACCAACCUCGCCUGAGAUGGCCCGGUAUCACGAAGAGGACCAAGGCCCGCGAUCUCGGCGGUCGUCUGUGCUCCGGUCAACCGAGUCCCCUACUGCGGUGCCCCUGCACUUCCGCCGACCCCCAACUUCCCCCCGAGUGAACCGGUCUCCUUCCCUUUCCUCAGCCGCCGCACCCUCCCCCGGCUCUCCGACCCAGGGACGCCGCCGCCCAGCCUCUACCGAGUUCAAGAAUUCCCGCGAGAUCCGGCCCCUGUGGCUUGUUGAGCGCUUUGGUACUGGCAAAGCGGAUCCGCAAUCCGAUGAGCCCUUGCCCUCCUUGCCAUCGAGCAAAUCUUCGUCGGCGCGCGCGUCCUUGGAAGACCUGAGGGCUCUGCCAGAUGACACCAGGUGGGAAAUGGUUGACCUAAGCCAUCACGUUCAGGGAUCACGUCAGCCCAGUGAUAUCGAAAUGUCUUUGGCACAGAAUCAACCGGGUGACGAAUCCCCCUAUGAUAUCCUUGAUUCCGAACAAGGCACUCCCACUGCUGCUACCUUCGGCCAAUCUUCUCACCACCCUCCUCCCCGGAAAGAAAAUUUGAACUACGAGUUCCAUUCGCCUUCCGAGCUUUUGCAAGACCCGCCCAGUUAUCCAGAAUUGCCACCGUCUCCAACGAUGGCCGCCCUUCCCUCGGCCGAAGGUUCUGCGGUCGGAGUAAAAGAUGAGGCUGACAUCGAGCGUAUGGUGGAAGCUAUGCCAUCGCUUCCUGAAAUGCGGCCAGCUACACCAGACAACAAGAUGCCUCAUGUCGAAGACAUUGCAGAGACUACACCCACACAGGAAAAGGCUGAUUCCGCCAUGCACGCGUUGCCUUCUGGCGCGGAUUCUGGCUUGGUUGAGGAUGCGGAUGCUGGACGUGCCGAUGACAGCCUCCGAAUUGACGAUACCUUGGUCUCUGAAACGCAAGCUCCCUCGGACAAGGAACAAGGUAUCGAAGAUGUUGACACCACUACCCGGAGUAUUGCCGAUGCAAACGUUCCGGUUGUUGAGGACUCUGUCCCUGUCUCCUUGACCUCAGAGGAAGAUCGGCCGGUGUCUCCCACUCAAGGUAAUGCCCUCGCGGAGCUUGCGGCUAUUGUCGGCGCUGGUGUAGCAUCUGCAGUCGCACCAACACCAGAGAAGGUAGUAUCUUCUGAGGAGUUGCAUACUGGCCCCGAUCAGUCCAAGAACGACUCUGUUGCCGCGAUAGAUCUGGCGAAGGAGUCGGAGAGCUUGCAUGUUGAAACGCCACCCGACGAACGGGAGCCUCCAACGAUCGAUAGCACGGAAUCUGGAAAUGUGCCUGAUAAUGCCGCCCCGGCGCCUGCCGUUUGUGAGCUUGAUCAAGGAGAGACAGACGCGGACAUUCCUUUCAUCGCGGAGAAUGCGGAAGAGACGUCUGGCGACACCGAGAAGCACGAAGAACAAGUCGGUGCUCAGGCGGCAGCAGAAGGUGGUGAUUCAGUACCUGGACAUGGUAGCAGAGCCCUGGACGAAAUUGCUGCAACGCCGGUAGAACCCGACGUUGAGCCCAAAGAAAAAGGGAAGCCGGAGAUCCUCGAGGAUAUUGUUCCAGCCAGCUCAGAGCCGGUAGCAUCAGACGGUAUCAGCGUUGCUGACAAGGAAAUCACGGUUCAAUCCGAAGAGCCUCAGGUCAACGAAUCGACGCCAGUUUUACCUGAAAAUGCCCUAUCCGAGGCUAGACAGGAGGGGACGGAGGCAGUCAUGGAAAAUGCUACUGUGGGUAAUGCCGAGCCUACUCCGGAUGACACGAACAAAUCUGCCGAUGAAUCCACCGGAACAGUUCCCGAAGAAGUGGGCGCCUCCGUGUCUGAAGCGAGACUAGUCGAAGACGCCUCUGCAGAGAUCAAAGAACCAGAGGCAGAAAGGGCCAUCGCGGAGACAGAGCCCGCAUUGGAAGUACCAACCAAUGUCUCUGCCGAAUCCAUUGAGGCCCAAUUUGCGUCAGCGUUGUCCGAGCGAAUCCCCGAGGCUGAGCAACGAGAGCCGGAGCCGGUCAAGGCUGCAGACGCUCCUACCAGCACGGAGCCCACAGUCGAGCCCACAGUCGAGCCCACAGUCGAGCCCACAGUCGAGCCCACAGUCGAGCCCACAGUCGAGCCCACA